AUGCCAGUCACAAGGGUUGAGGAAUGGCUACAAUCAGACCGUGAUUGCGACCGACGGGAUGCUCAUCCUCAUGCUCCUCCACACCGCUGCCGCAGAAUCAUCAAGGAAUGGACGACGGAGGAUGGCGCAUUUGUGACGUGCUAUGCUGACGAUGGGACUCAACAGACACAUAAACUAGUCGCCAUGUCUUCUCUUUCGCGUCGUGCUUGCUACAAGUGCGGAAACGUUGGCCACUAUGCUGAAGUUUGCUCCUCUGCUGAGCGUCUCUGCUACAAUUGUAUGUACAUUCCAUCUUCAAAUCCAAAUCCUCCCUUGUUGCACGAAGCCAGCUAACCUUUCUCUCUUCGUAGGCAAGCAACCAGGUACUACUCGACCUUUCUCAAUAUCACCUUUCCAUUACCGACAUCGUCUAACAUUAUAAUAGGUCAUGAAUCCAAUGGUUGUCCCUUGCCACGAACCACUGAGGCUAAGCAAUGCUAUCACUGCCAGGGUUUAGGCCAUGUCCAGGCCGACUGCCCAACUCUCCGACUCAGUGGAGCUGGCACGGGUGGUCGAUGCUAUAACUGUGGUCAGCCCGGUCAUUUGGCUGUAGGUUCUUCAAAUUCUUGUUAGUUGCACAGAUACUGAUGGUUUACAGCGUUCUUGCCCUGCUCCGGCUGGUCCAGGUCCUAUUGGUGGUGCUGGUCGUGGCAUCGGUGCGCCUCGAGGAGGUUUUGGUGGCGGAUUUGUUCCUCGUGGAGGCGGACUUGCUGGAGGCCCACGCCCGGCAACAUGCUACAAGUGUGGUGGUCCAAACCAUUUCGCUCGCGAUUGCCAGGCUCAAGCCAUGAAGUGCUACGCUUGCGGAAAGUUGGGACACAUUUCUCGGUAAGCCUUCACAUUACCAUGUUAUGAAACCACGGGUAAACUGACUAAAUAUAGUGACUGCACUGCGCCUAACGGUGGACCUUUGAACACGGCCGGCAAGACUUGCUACCAAUGUGGCGAGGCAGGUCACAUCUCUAGAGAUUGUAAGUUUAGACUUUCCAACCCCGCGUUUGUUUCAUGUUUAUACCUGUGGCCCCAUUAUGCUCAAGUCAUAGCGAACCCUGCCUUGCAGAGCACGUGUUUGGAGAUCCAAAAUUCCCCAACUAACUUUUGAUAUAGGCCCACAAAAGGCUACCAAUGGAGACCACACUGCUGAUGGUGUCGACCUUGGUGUUCCGGUUGCCGUUGCGCCCAUUCAACCUAUUGCAUAGGUCGGUGCUUAAUUGGACCAACACAGGGCAAUAGUAUACGAUGAACUAUUGUGACCGACCUGUGACAUUUUACACGAUCAUCGCUUUUCAUAUCUGUAUUUUUGGACACAACAAGGAUCGUCUUCCCGCUCAUUCUGUUCUGCAUAAUGCCCGGCUCGGCAUACGAAAAUCGUUAUUUUUCACUUACGGAUUGCUUUUCAUGGCGCCUGGUCUUCGCAUGUUUUUUCUCCAUACGAACCCCCAAAAGCUUUUGCACGAUAAUUCAUUUCCUACCUUUACGACUUGGCAACCCCGGUAGAUACCAUUUUGACCUUUCAACAACGUGGCGUCAACACAUUAAUUUCAUGUUUUCUCGGGUAGAAAUCAGUGUAUUCCUUCUUGUCCUGGGCAAGGGUGGUAGGACGCUUUUGAAACUACAUGGAGAUGGCGGAGGCGAACAGCGAACAAAAACCUGGUGUAGGUAGCAGCG